CGGGCGGAACACGCAGUCGUGCAGUAGCGGGCGUGCUCAGCAGUCAGGCACUCCAAGUCUCCCGAGUGCUGCGUUCUAGGAGCUAUGAGCCGCGCAGUCGGGGAGCGAGUCUCUUCGCUUCUGGUCCUGUGGCUGCUGCUGGGCAGCUGGGUGUGCCCCGGGAGCACUGAACUGCGGGCCCCUCCGGAUAAGAUCGCGAUAAUUGGAGCUGGAAUUGGUGGCACUUCGGCAGCCUACUAUCUGCGGCAGAAAUUUGGGAAAGAUGUGAAGAUUGACGUUUAUGAAAGAGGAGAGGUGGGGGGCCGUCUGGCCACCCUGACUGUACAGGGGCAAGAAUAUGAAGCAGGAGGUUCUGUCAUCCAUCCUUUAAAUCUGCACAUGAAGCGUUUUGUCAAGGACCUGGGUCUAUCUACUGUUCAGAGUUCUGGAGGCCUAGUGGGGGUCUCUAAUGGAGAGGCUCUGGUGUUUGAGGAGAGCAGCUGGCUUAUAAUUAACAUUAUUAAACUAAUUUGGCAGUAUGGAUUUCAGCCCCUUCGAUUGCAUAUGUGGGUAGAGGAUAUAUUUGACAAGUUUAUGAGGAUCUACCGCUACCAGUCUCAUGACUAUGCCUUCAGUAGUGUAGAAAACUUACUACACUCUCUAGGAGGGGAUGACUUCCUUGGAAUAUUUAAUCAAACACUACUUGAAACCUUGCAGAAAGCAGGCUUCUCUGGGAAAUUCCUCGAUGAAAUGGUUGCUCCCAUCAAUAGGGUCAAUUACGGCCAAGGCACAGACCUCAAUGGCUUUGUAGGGGCAGUGUCACUAGCUUGUACUGAUUCUGGCCUUUGGGCAGUAGAAGGUGGCAAUAAACUUGUUUGCUCAGGGCUCCUUCAGGCUUCCAAAAGCAACCUAAUAUCUGGCUCAGUAAUGUCCAUUGAGGAGAAAACAAGGACCAAGCAGACUGGAAACCCCACAAAGAUGUAUGAAAUUGUCUACCGAAGUGGAUCUGGAACCCAUUCAGACUUUUAUGACAUCAUCAUUGUGGCCACUCCAUUGAAUCAAAAAAUGUCCAAUAUAACUUUUCUCAACUUUGAUCCUCCAAUUGAGGAAUUCCAUCAAUAUUACCAACAUAUAGUGACAACUUUAAUUAAGGGAAAGUUGAAUUCAACUGCUUUUACCUCUAGAGCCUUAGAUAAAUUUGACCUCCAUACUGUCUUAAUCACUGGUAAUUCAGAUUUGUUUAUUAACAGCAUUGGAAUUGUGUCCUCUGUAAAAGAUAAUAAUGAUCCUCAACCAUCAACAGAUGGAACAUAUGUUUGGAAGACCUUUUCCCAGAAGACUCUUACCAAAGAGCAAAUUUUAAAGCUCUUUUUGUCCCAUGAGUAUGCUGUAAAGCAGCAAUGGCUUGCAUAUCCCCGCUAUAAGCCUCCAGAGAAAAGCCCCCCCAUCAUACUCCAUGAUCGACUUUACUACCUGAAUGGCAUAGAGCGCGCAGCAAGUGCCAUGGAAAUGAGUGCCAUUGCAGCCCACAAUGCUGCUCUCCUUGCCUAUCACCGCUGGAACGGGCACACACACAUGAUUGACCAAGAGGACUUAUAUGAGAAACUGAAAACUGAACUAUGAGAUAACACUUUCCCCCCAAACCUCCCUCCUAGUUUCAGAUGGAAUAUCACUGGCAAAAAAGAACACAAUCUGAGCAGAGACACUUUGAAUCAAAUAUUUUGCCAUUAUCAUUGUUUAAUGAGAGUAACCCCAGUGAGUUAUGAGAAAAUACAAGGUCUAAUUAAGUGUGAAGGUGUAACUAUUGCAUUUAUGCCAUGUCCAAGUUUUUUUUUUUUUUUUUUUUUUUUUACUUUGUACAUUUAUUAAAGCUGGGGACAGUGAAACAAAAGGCUUAGGGCAGAAGUACAACAGAGUAGGUGCUCUGUUUUGGCUCCCUGGGAAAGUUAUAGGAAAGAAGUGAGCCCUAGUGGGGCUGCUGUUAGUUUACUGAGAAGUGACAAUGACAGGAGUGAGCCACGGUGGGGCAGCUCUUAGCUCACCAAAAAGUCAGAGACAAGGGUCCUUGGAAGUGGGUUCAGUGGGUUAUCCUGGGAUGAGCUGCUGCUGCUGCUGCCCACUGUUCCUUUGGCUGCAAGUCUCCUGGGGACCUUUAGGCUUCAGGAGAGAAAAGUAAAGAUGCAUGCCUGAGAGGGAAGAAAGGCAUUGGCGUGCUCCAGAGAGAGCCUGCUCCAAAAUUUUACUCUUAAUAUCAACAGUAUUUUCCAAACUUGUCUGAUUGUAAGAAUCAUCUGGAAUUUGUAAAACAUACAGAAUUCCCUACCUCCACUGGAGAUUAUGAUUCAGUAGGUCUAGAGGUUAGGCCCUGGAUUUUGAACAAAACUUUACAGCAUUUUAAACUGAACACUUGAACUUAAAAGACACACCUUAGUCGGGGAUAAGCUCAUCUGUGCUUGACAGCUGGAUGUGAUCUUUAGUCAUAGUGAAAUCUACUAUGGGAGCUGGUAUCUCACUUUCAAAGUAAAUGUGCCCAUGACUGAAGCCUUGACUUUCAGAAUGUUCUUUUGAUUGCUUGUCUUUUCUUUAGGGGUGAAAUUCCUAAGUUUUAGUAGUAUAACCUUAAGAUGUCAUACAAUAAUCUCCACUAAAAUGAAAAGCAAAUAUAGGCUAUUGAUGGAAGAAAUUGGCAUUCUGUUAUCAAAUCUUCACCUAUGACGUUUUUACAAAUACGGAUGGACUCCCCCCAACUCUCCAUCCGAGAUUCUGAUUUAAUGGAUUGAGGAUAGGACCUUACCAUCAUAGCUUUUUAAAAUUCCUGAGUAACCUACAUUGAGAAUCAGAUUUGGAUGUCUAAAAUGUCUCCAAAGGGUUUUUAGUGCCUUAAAAGCCCCAAGAAAUCCAACCCAUUAUCAAAGAUUCAUUUUGUGAAGAAUCACUUCUCUCAAUGAGAACUCUAGUAGUAACCUUAAUAGUAAGAAGCACUGAUAGUGUAACAGCGGAGGCAACCUGGAUCAUUCCAGAGUAGUUGACGUAAGAUACUCAGAAUGACACGAUACUUGAUCAAAACCAGUAUAUGCACAAACUGUUAAAUACUUAAGCUACUGCACCAUUUUGAGUGAGAAACUGCUGAAAUUUUAAGAUGGUAGUUGUCAACCUUGGCUGGACUUUGAAGUCACCUGAAGGCCUUUACCCAAAUGAUUCUAAUAUGCCACCAAACUUGAAAACCAGUUCUACAUCUACUGUACAAAAAUCAUGAACAUCCUCAUACUCGUAGGGACAGAACAAGAGCUUCUGAAUUCAACUAACUGCGACCAAGUUAACAUGUAUUGUUAAAGAUAUUUAGUUUGUCAAAUGGUCAGUUUUCUAAUUUUAUUUUUAAAAAGAAUGUUUUCCUUUUGUGGUUUUAUUGAAUAUGUAGAGAAUGUGUAUGCCAGCUAGACUGGUAAAUGCUAAUGAAAUAGUUUAAUUCCUAUCACCUGUAGACUUAGUUCGCAAUGGGAUAUAUUUUUACUUGUAAGAACACCAAUUUAAAGUGUUGCCAUAUCAAACCUACUCUUGUUUUCCAACAGGGCAUCUGAAAUUGCUUCCUCAAAGAGCAAAACAGGUCAUCAGUAUAUCAAGCACGUUAGUUUUAAUGCAAUUAUAGUACUAAAGUUCUUUAAAAAUUGGUUGAAAAAAAUACCAUCUGAGCUUGCUUGUUCAUCUUUUUACACAGGAGUGGCAAAAACGAUGCAGGGGCAGAAUGCAAGGCCGCAGUUCUAACUUGUGUAUGCUUUGGACUCACCUGGAGGGUCUAAAACAUUGCUGGGCCUCACCCCCAGAACUUCUCAAUGUUUGGAAUGGUAUAUCAAAGUCUUCAUUUCUAUUAAGGCCCUAGGUGAUAUUGCUGGUCUAGGAACCACACUGGAGACUGUUUCUACAGUGCAGCUCUAUGUGGUUGCAAAAAAUCAAGCCUAUCAAGUUCACUGCAAAUUUAAAAUGUAUUGAAUAAAAAUGGGAGAAAUGAAAGUUGGGAUAAUAAAAAUGUACUGCAUUUCACACAGACUCUUGUAAGUUGGUUUGACCCAUUUUUUGCUGUACACAUUUUAGGUACAUACAAGCCACCUCGUGUUGUUUCAUAAGUGCCUUACACACUCAUGUGUACCCCAUUCUCUAGUUUUAAAAUGGCUCAAAUCACUUUGUAGGCUUUCUACUAGAUCACAAAAACUGCAGGCCUAAGCAUUUGCUUGGUAGGUUUCUUAAGGUUAGGUUUAUGACAACCAUGUGUAAACUAUAUUUCAUCAGUUUU